GUGGCAGAAAACUAAGAAACAAAGAUAAAAUAAAGCUUUCAAAAGCUCUCAUUUUCUACCUCAAAAGGAUGUGAACUUUGUUUGUUCUUCUGGUUGAAAUCAUUAUUUCCCAAAGAUUCAAUUUCAAAGUUCAUUCAUUUCCAAAAAGGUGACCAAAAAGGCUCACUCUUAGUUACACACUCUUCUGUCUCUUCCCUUUGUUUGCUCCACUUCACAUGUCAAAAUUUAGGAGUAUUCCUAUUCAUCCCAACUUUACCUCAAAAUUAUCUUCUUCUUGUUCUUCACUUUCUCUCUCCUUAAUUUUUUUUUCACUCUGAGUCAAAAUGUUGGCAACUUUGUUGAAUUUGCUCAAAUAUGGAACACCCAUUAAGCAGUUUGAAGGUAAGAGCUUCAAAGUUCAAUCUUUCACAAGUUUAAAUUCUUGUUUUUUGGUGCUUUUAUUAGUUGUAUAUAUUUUGCUGGAUUGUAGUAUUUGUGGGUUUUGUGAGGAAGUGAAAAUGGUGUCAGUACCAUUAGGUUUUGAGGUAUCUGGGUUUCAUAAAACUACUACUUGGGUAUCCCAAAAUGGGGUUUUUGCAUUUGGAUUCUUAGAAAGUGGUUAUUUGAGAAGCAUUUAUGAUGAUAAUGAAGAUGGGGUUUUUGUUGGAAUUAGGUAUAAUUUAGGUAACAAAGUUGCUAAUUUGCCUGUUUGGACUAUUGGUGGAGGGCUUAGGGUAUCUGAGAAUUCUACAUUUAGACUUUCUGAGGAUGGUAGGUUGGUAUUGUUUGAAAAUACCAAUGGUUUGAUUCUUUGGAGUAGUAAUACUUCCAAAUUGGGUGUUAAAAAAGCUAGUCUUUUGGAUAAUGGUAACCUAGUCUUGCUUGAUAGUGAGGAUGAAGUGGUUUGGCAGAGUUUUAAUAGCCCUACUAGCAGUCUGCUUCCUGGCCAAUCUUUUCAUUUCCCUCAAACUCUUAGAGCGCCUUCGACGAAGUCGAUCUCGAGCUACUACAAUUUCGUUAUUCACCCUUCUGGUGAGCUUGCUUUGGUGUGGGAGAGCAAUGUGACUUAUUGGAAGAGUGGUGGUGCUUUGACUUUCCUGCCUACUAUUACUAAAGUAGUAGCAAGAUUUGAUUCUGAUGGUAUUUUGGGAGUGUUUGAUGUUACAAACAAAAGCAUUUGGUCUACAACAAGCAAGGAUUUCCAGGACUCUUCAGUGAGUCUGAGGCAUCUUAGGAUUGAUACUGAUGGUAACUUGAGGAUAUACUCGUGGUACAAUGGCCUUAAGAUGUGGAAGGUGGGAUGGCAAGCUGUUGAAAAUCAAUGCAAUGUGUUUGGGUCUUGUGGAUUAUAUAGCUUAUGUGGUUUCAAUUCCAGUGGACCUACUUGUAGUUGUCUACAUGAGGGCACCAUAGAUGGGGGUACUGAUUCACCAGGGAGCGACUUGAGUAUUUCUGGCUGCAAGAAGUUGGUUGAUUUAGAUAACUGUAAAAUGCGCACGAGCAUGAUGGUUUUGAAGAGCACUGUACUUUAUGAUCUCUAUCCUCCACAUGACUUUGAUGUCAUGUUAAACGAGGAUGGUUGCAAAGCAUACUGCUCUAAUGAUACUUCUUGUAUAGCUGCAACCUCCAAAAAUGAUGGUUCAGGCUCCUGUACUAUUAAAAGAACUAGUUUUAUUAGUGGGUACAGUGAUCCCUCUCUACCUUCAAUUUCAUUCUUGAAGAUCUGUUUGGUUCCCCAGGCGGUUUCAACUCGAAAAGCUCAUCCUCAAGAUGGAGGUAGAGAAAUUCCUCUGUCUUCUGGAAGGUUCAUUUCCUAUCCAAAUGCCAGUAAGUUUGUGACGGCUCUUACCUUGAUUGGGUUGGCGACUGCUCUGGUGUUUCUCACAGUAGAGAUUCUUGUUGUUUGGAUUGUUUAUCAGAGACGGAAAACAGCUAGUAGAGUGAGGAAUCCAUUUUAUAAAGAUGCUCAGAAGAAUCCCCAUUACAGUGCUCUAGUUAAGUUGUCCUUUGAAGAGAUAAAGGAGCUGACUUCGGACUUUGCAACUCAACUUGGAUUGUCUAUUUUCAAAGGCAUACUUCCUAACCAAACUCCCAUUAUUGUAAAAUUGCUGAAUAACGUUGUUGUAUCUGGGAAGGAUUUCAGAACAGCAGUCUCUAUCUUGGGUGGAACUCAUCACCGAAAUCUUGUUGCUGUAAAGGGUUUUUGUUGUGAGCAGAAGCAUAAAUUCCUUGUCUAUGAGUUUGUACCAUGUGGCUCUCUGGAUAAGUGGCUAUUUGAUCAAGAGAGAAACCCAAAUGAGCUACAAUGGCAGGAGAGGCUCGAUAUUGCUCUUGGUGUGGCACGGGCUCUUGCCUAUCUCCACUUGGAGUGUCAAAGCUGUGUUGCUCACGGAAAUCUGAAGCUCGGAAAUGUUAUGCUCGAUCAAAAUUUGGUCCCGAAGCUGAUGGAUUUCGGACUACAGGGCCUUCUUCAGGAGGAAACAGGCUCUUCUUCAUCAGAGUCAGCAUCUGAGAGAGAUAUAUACAAAUUUGGAGAACUUCUGCUUCAGAUUGCAAGGCUCAAAAGGAAGCCUCCACGAGAUGAUGAUGUUAACCAUUUAAUCAGCGACAUAAUGGAAAUGCAGAGAUUAGAAGGGCGUGUGGGGUAUGAGAAAGUAGAAAGAGUUGUAAGAAUAGCUCUUUGGUGUCUACAAACUCAACCAUUUUUGCGGCCUUCAAUCGGCGAAGUUGUUAAGGUGCUAGAAGGUACACUUUCUGUAGAUAGACCUCCCUCAAGUUUUGCCUUUAAAACAAGGCAACAAGUAGAUGAAGAGGAGUGCACUGAAAUUCAAGAACAUCCAUAGUGGAAGAAGAUGAAUUUUGGCUAGGAUUUUUGACUUUUAAUAGUCUGGUGUCUUGGAGUUUGACAUGUUCUUGUUGUAUUUUUUGCAAGAUUGAACUUCAAUUACACCGUUGUUAAUGUAUGAGCAGCCGUUACCAUUAGCUGUUUAAGUAAUGCAAUCUUCUGUAAAGCUAGAUGAAUCUCUGAGUAGAUAAGUUGCAUAUUGUCAUUAACAAAGCAAGCUAACUUUAUUGGUUCAAGCCUGAAAA